AUGGUGUGCUGUGGCCAAGGCCAAAAAGCGAAGAAAAUGAUGGUGCAGCCCAUCAACCUCAUCUUCAGAUACUUGCAAAAUAAAUCUUGGAUUCAGGUGUGGCUUUAUAAGCAAGUGAAUAUGUGGAUAAAGGGCUGUAUCAUUGGCUUGGACAAGUAUAUAAACCUCGUAUUUGUUGAUGCAGAAGAGAUUGAUUCUAAAACAAAGUCAAGAAAACAACUGGGUGCAAUCAUGCUAAAAGGAGAUACUAUUGCUCUGCUCCAAUGCUCUACAGUGUCUCCAACUAGAAAUGACUCAUGA